GAAACUACUUCUAGUAUGGAUUAAUUUCUAAAAUCUGAAUGUUGUGAGGGCGUAUUAGUUCCUGUUACUGUUUCAUGGAGCUGAACUAGUAACGUAACGUAUCCCGUCCUCCGUAUGCGUAUCAAGAGUAGGUAUUUAAUAUUUAGGAGAAUUGAAAAUACCAGUCUUCUACACCAUUUUAAGUAUUUUCAUAAUUAAAAAUUAAUCUAAAAGAAUUAAGGUUCGUAUCGAGCCUCAUAGUCAUAAAUAACCUAUGAAUACGACCAGGUAUAUCAUGUGUAGCCAUUGUAAGUAGCUACCUAGUAACGUAGGUAAAGUUAACAAAAAUUUAGUAGGUGUUUGUCUUAUUUGGUGUACAUAAUCAUAGCAUUUAAUUUUACUGUAAGGCAAAAACAACAAGAAGAGCAGUGAUGUUUGGAAUUAAACUAAACAAGUACCUACAAAAAAACAAGCUGUAUAAUGUCAUUUAUGACAUUGACAGAUUGAUUGACGUUUGUAGUUUUUACGUUUGUUUAGGUUAGAUUGAUAGAAAUUUUCUAAAGUGGAAUUUAUCGGAGAUUAAAUUCUCUAACAGUAUAAGGUCGUUUAUAUUCCAUAAAUAGAUUGUAAUUGGCAUUGAAAGACAAAAUGUUGAGGAAAAUUUUCUCAAGAACACUGAGUCCUAGGAGUUCAUUAGUGCGGUGUGUUAAUACUGUUGAUAUCAAUAGGCAAAUACACUGUGGAGUUUGUUUAAGGAUCCCUAGGUAUACAUCCAAACCAAACAGUACCUCACCAGCUUUAGCUACCAAGUAUCAAGUGAUUACAGAAGAAAAUACCGUAGUCAUUGAGAACACUGCAGAGGAAAAUCCAACUAAAAACAGAUAUCCUUUACUCAGUGAUGAGUUUGAUGGUAUCAAUCUAGAGCGAGGUAUAAAUGGUGUUUUUGAAAUCGAAGACCUUGUAGAACUAUUGCAAAGAGAAAACUGCAAGGAUAUAUUUGUAGCUGCCGUCACUAAAGACAUCCGCUAUGUGGACUACAUCUGUAUAGUCAGUGGAAGGAAUAAGAGACAUAUUUUAGGUAUAGCUGAAUUUGUUCGGAAAGUGUAUAAAAAGAAAUGUUUUAAAUCAGACUAUAUUCCUAGGAUAGAGGGCAAAGAAUCUGAUGAAUGGAUGGCAUUAGACUUAGGUAACAUUGCAUUACAUGUCUUCACUGACAAGGCUAGAAAAGCUUAUGACUUGGAGACUUUAUGGUCUGUUGGGGCAGAAUAUGAUGACAAGAUGAACAAGAACAGCGAAGUUGUGGACAUAUUCGAGAACUAUAGUGAUUAUUUGAAAGAUCUUAAACCACUGGGAUCAUAAUACUGUAAUUUACAUACACUGUAUUGCCUCACUAGGACUGAAUUAAAAACCCUUUAAAAGUCUCAUAUAAAAUGUUUAUUUCUGCUUAAUUACAUUAAAGAUACAUAUAUGGAUUGUAUAAUUCAAUCACAAUUCACAAUCUAAAUAAUCAUGAAACAUUGAAUUCAAUAAUUUCAUAUCAAUUAAAUAAAAACAAUUAUCCACAUUAUUUCCAUUGCUAUAAGAACAUUUAUUAUCCAUUUCAAUCAUUGUUGUAGGUUAUCAUAUGUCUGUCUAUAAAGAUACUAAUAUAAUUUGAUAUAUAAAAUAACAAUUUGGCAUAAUUUAUAACUAGCUCAGAAUUUUAAAUGCAGUAAUGACAAUGUAAAAUUAUACAAAAGAACAGCGGUUGACUAAUACAUUCAUACCACAAUCACAAGAUCCUUAGUUCAGUCAAAAUGCAGUUGCACAUACUAGUACACCUAAGUAGUAUACACUAAGUAGCAUAGUUUUGAAAGCAACCUAACUUUAGUGCUUUAUGAGUUAAACCUAACUAUGUAUAAGGAUAAAAUAGUAUUGGAAGCCAAUCAGUAAUACAGACUGUAACAUAUUUUGUGUAGCAAAUUAGCAUAUUAUUAUAAUUCAUAAAAAAAAAUGUUUGGACCACCAACAAGUCUUUCAUUUUAGUGACUACAUAAUUAUUAAAUUUAUGAGCAUACAAAACUUAUUGCACUGCCAUUAUAAAGCAUUUAUGCACAUACCAAAAUUAAUUACAUUUUUAUAUUAUUCAGUGUAAUCUUUAUGACUUAUAAGAGUUAUGUUAUAAAACUGGUAUAAAAUACCCCAUACUAUUGACUACCUUCUGCCUAACGAUGCAUCAUCAAAAUAAAUGGAAAUUUUACAUUUGUCAUUUUAUUAAAAUCAAAAUGUCAAAUAAAACCUAUAAUAAUCACAAUUGAUGAUACAUCAUCAAGCCUUUAUUAUCAAGGCAAUAGUUGGCAGUUGAUGUCAAGUAUUAAUUAAUACUUAAAUAUUGACAUAUUGUAACUUAAUGUUGGAUAGUAAAUUAACAUUUGUCGGGUGCAAAACUUCUAAAUACAAUACAUUCUUAUAAAAUACACAAAUAUUAUCUGUUAAUUUGUGAUUCAUUUUGGAUCUCAAUUUUGGCUCAUGACUAAUCAAUUAUGACAAUAUGGCUACACUUCGCCUCACGCCAGCACCUGAAUUGACAUUGUCUAAGCUUGACCAUUUCUUAAUGCCAUUUUUCACCACUUCAGCAGCUAUUUUAUCUUCCAUCACCCUAGACAUUGCCUCUAACUUUUGUGCUCUCUCUUUACUCAAAGGUUCACUGGGGAAUGCCAAAUCAUUGGCUUCAGCAAGUGUACGAAGAUCAAAAUAGUAUUUAGCAUAUACACUAGAUGGUACAUUGAUAUUAAACUGCAACAUUUCCAAAAAUUGCCUCUCUAGCUCAUUCAUAUCCUCCACGGUGAUAUCUUUUAAGAUCUGGCAGUAGUCCACAUUCCACACAGCUUGGUCAUCCCACACUUUACUUGCUAAUAAGAUAGCUCCCAACACUAUUCUCUUCCAAUUAGAUGGAGCAAUGUCUAGCUCAGCACAUAUUAGAAGGCGCUCCAAGUACACCAAAGUGAUAAUAGCACAUUCAGCGGUUAGCUGUGCAGCAUUGAACAGUGUUCUUACAAACUUGUAUAUUUGUUUGUGCUCAGGGUUAUAUUUGUCAUAAUCAUCACUUACUCCUUCUUUACUAAGAGGGUGCAGUUUCUCAUCAAAUAUGUCUAACCUGCGCUCUGAUGUUCUGUUCUUUAUAUGAUAGUAAAUAGCAAGGGCUACACACUUGACUGUGUUCUUCAGGUUAGGCUGAGAUACUGUACUAUCAUCUAAAUAAAUAGUUGAACAGGAACUGCUUUUUUUGAGCUUAUUAUCAGCGAUUUGAUGUUGACUGCGUUUUCUGGUCAUUCCAUUUUCUAUAGAUGCUUUGGAGCGUUCCAUAAAAAUGGUUCCAGCGAUGGGAUCUUGAGAAGGGUCGAUGUCGCCAUCAUCAGGCUCUCUCUCACUGAUGUGCUGAAUAUUAUUGGAGCUUACUUCACCUUCUGGAAGAUAGUCUUCUAGCUUGACGAUGUCCUUUCUGAUCGGUGACGGACUGCGGUAACAACAGCAACUGUUUUGGUUACCCAUUUUGUAUCACAUACAACUGUAUUAAAGAUUAAUUGUUAUCAUUCUACAAGCACUGCCUCACCUCUAGACAUGCGUAAAUAGUGUGCCGAUACAUAAGAAUGACAUAAAAGGUCCAUAGUAUCU